CUUUCCAGAAAUUGCCUGACCAUUGCAGCUAAUCGAACACACAUUACACACAUACACAACACACACUUCUGCUACACCAGAGUUUUCCAUCCCCAUACGCGCGCGCGCGUACACACACACACACACACACACACACACACUGCCUACGGGUGGGGUGGAUCUUGGAUUUUGCUAUUUCUACUAGGAAAUACCCAGGGACGCACCGAAGGAGUGUUUUCACCCCAACUGUCAGCUCUGCCUCCUUUUCCCAGUUUCUCUAGAAGAGAAUGCGUCCCGCCCUCCAGAUCACUUGUACUACUCUCUCUAUUAUUUUUACCCCUCCGGAUCCAUCUCUACGGUGAAAACCAGAUCAUGGAAGAGAGACAGCAAGCGGCUGACUCUGGAGUCUGAGCAUUUUUCUGGGAGCCCACAUGUCCGGGCUUCUAAUUAGGUGGCCCGCUGCUCCCUGCUCCUCCUCGCCUUUGAGAAGCAAACCGCCUUGUACCAGGGAGUGUAUGCAACUUCUGCUAACCCGACAUCAGUUAAUGAAUCUGUACUUCUUUCUGCUUCUAUCCUUGGUCCCAGUGAUUAGCACAGCUUCUGGAUGUGGUUUUUCCUCUUCCCAUUCCAGUAGUAUCUUAAAGGCCAUCCAGAAGUGCGAAUGACUGGUAAUACACCCAAGAAAAUUUGUGGUCCAAGCAUCAACAAAGGACACCUACUACUAUACUCCUGAAGCUGGAAGGUUUAAAUGGUCUAUUAGGCACCUGGAUCCUUACCAGAGAAACCCAAAAUGAAUAAUUCAACAAGCCCUAACUCCACUAAUGAAAUGGUUCUGGCAAGUCCAUACAAAACAGUAGAAGUGAUAUUCAUUGUACUGGUAGCAGGAUCACUCAGUUUGGUCACCACCAUUGGAAACAUCUUGGUCAUGGUCUCCAUUAAAGUCAAUCGCCACCUCCAGACUGUUAACAACUAUUUUUUGUUCAGCUUGGCCUGUGCUGACCUUAUCAUAGGAGCCUUCUCCAUGAAUUUAUACACUCUCUACACUGUGAUUGGCUACUGGCCCUUGGGGCCUGUGGUGUGUGACCUUUGGCUAGCCUUGGACUAUGUUGUCAGCAAUGCCUCUGUUAUGAACCUACUCAUCAUCAGCUUUGACAGAUACUUUUGUGUCACCAAACCACUAACCUAUCCCGUCAAGAGGACCACCAAAAUGGCAGGCAUGAUGAUUGCAGCUGCCUGGGUUCUCUCCUUCGUACUGUGGGCACCUGCCAUUCUCUUCUGGCAGUUCAUUGUAGGGGUAAGGACUGUGAAGGACGGAGAAUGCUACAUUCAAUUUUUCUCUAAUGCUGCUGUCACAUUUGGCACAGCCAUUGCCGCCUUCUACUUGCCUGUGAUCAUCAUGUCAGUCUUGUACUGGCACAUAUCCCGAGCCAGCAAGAGCAGGAUCAAAAAGGACAAAAAAGAAACUGUGGCAAAUCAGGAUCCAGUCUCCCCUAGUCUUGUCCAAGGCAGAAUUGUGAAGCCAAAUAACAACAACAUCCCCACCAAUGAUGAUGGGCUGGAGCAUAACAAAAUCCAGAAUGGCAAAGCCACUAGAGAUGCAGUGACCGAAAACUGUAUUCAAGGAGAGGAGAAAGAGAGUUCCAAUGAUUCCACCUCUGUCAGUGCUAUGGCUUCUAAUAUUAAAGAAGAUGAUAUAACCAGAGAGGAAAAUACAGUUUCCACCUCCCAAGGUCAUUCCAAAGAAGAAAAUUCCAAGCUGACAUGCAUCAAAAUUGUCACUAAGACUCAAAAAGGUGACUGCUGUGCUCCUACCAAUACCACUGUAGAGAUUGUUGGUCCUUCAGGACAGAGUGGGGAUGAUAAGCAGAAUAUUGUUGCCCGCAAGAUUGUGAAGAUGACUAAGCAACCGGCAAAAAAGAAACCUCCUCCUUCCAGAGAAAAGAAAGUGACCAGGACUAUCUUGGCUAUCCUAUUGGCUUUCAUCGUCACCUGGACCCCAUACAAUGUCAUGGUGCUUAUAAAUACCUUCUGUGCAACCUGUGUUCCUAAUACAGUAUGGACAAUUGGCUACUGGCUAUGUUAUAUCAACAGCACCAUCAAUCCUGCUUGCUAUGCUCUGUGCAAUGCCACCUUCAAGAAAACCUUCAAACAUCUACUAAUGUGUAAUUACAAGAACAUAGGAGCCACAAGGUAAAAAGAAUUGAAGAUGAGAGAGGGAAACCAAGGGAUUAGUCAAGAAGUUAGAAGGGGAAACUAGUUCCCAAUUUUUAAAACUAUGCCAUAGCACUUUACAUGAUUAGUAUGAAACGUACAAUCAAGGAAAGCAGUGAAAGACAUUCAUAAUAGGGCCUCUGCUUCCCACUUGCAGAAUUGCAUUUUAAAAAGUCUUUGCAAUCCAAAAGCAAUGAGGAAAGGGAAGGAGCCAACGGAAGACAUGGAUUUAAGACAAUGUUCCCUGUUUCCUGAUAGCAUCACACAGAAGGGCUUUUGUGUCUAUAAUUUUGUCUGUUACUGUAUAAUAGCAUUCAAAUAUCUUUUUAAAUUUAAUUUGGAUUAUUUGUUUCUGUGUGUCUGAAGAUAAUCUACAACAUAUAAUGACUUUUAUUGGAAAUUAGACAUUGAAUAUAUAAAUAAUAUAUUCAUAAGUAGAAAGGACAGACAAUGGAUAGUGAUAUCAUAUUGUACAGAUGAUCUUCAAAGAAUCAAGCUGAUACAGGGGCUUUGUCAGGGUCUUAUAUGGAAAACUGUAAUGUAAAAUAUGCACAUUUAUCCAUCCCAACAUCUUUCACUUCUCCAAAAGGAAGCUAAAAAGGGAGGAAGCCAAAGUCUACUUUAUAUUGCGUGUCAUCAGAGUACUGUGUUGCUUUACUCUCCCUUUGAUUGUAUCUUUAUCCCAAUAGGGAAUGCCCCCACAAAGUUUUCAUUGAGCUUAGCUACACAAGCAUGGGCAUGAAUAUGGGGGUUCCCUGCUGCUUACUGUACCUUUUGGACUCUCUUGAGGUAAGAGUCAAUGGAACUUUAAUUUUUUUGAACUCUUAUGUGUAAUAUCUAUAUUGAGCUGAAUUUCAUCUCAAUUAGCUUUUAAUUAAAAAAAAAAACAAAAAACCUAUCUAAGGCAGGAUAGAGAAUCAAAGCCAUCUGCAAAAUGAACAGUUUCAUCAAAUUAGUCACCAGGCAGUUUGGUUGGAAGACUCAAAAAGAGACCAGAUCAUUUUAGAAAUGAGGAAAUAGAUAAGAAAAAUUGAGGAUAGAGAAGACUAUUUCCAAUAAAAAUAAACAUUCUGUUCAGGAUCUGCCUGACAUGAGAAAUCUUAAUCUAUAAAAAGAUGACUUCUUUGUUCAUGUCACUCAUGAAGAAGAUUCCAUUUCUUCCUAAACUAUAUUAACAUGGUCACCGGAAAUCUCUCCUGGAUUUAAAUCAAGAAUAAAUCAUUUCUAAAGUCCUUCUUAUCUGUUAAUGCCUGAGAGCAUAUUAAAUAAAAUUGAUAUAUCUAUUCAUUCAGUGAAAACACAGAGUGAGAUAGAUAUUUUGAUUCAUCCCAUAAGAAUUGAAAAGAAAAAUACAAUUUCAUUCUAGUCCCCUAGUAUCAUGUUAAACAUCCACCAAAUCAUCAAUUCCUUCUACAUUGUUAGCUCAGCUACCCAAUCCUUCGAUUCAAACAAUAACUAUAAUCUUUGUGUUGAUAAUAUAGAUUACAAACUAAGGACAAGGUAAACUCAUAAUAAUUUAAUAACUAAAUGUAAGGUGGAUUUUCCUAUUUUAUCUUCUCACUAUGCUCAUAGUUUCUAACAGAAACAAAGUCACAGCAGAAGGUUUAUUGAACAGUUUCUGCACAUAGGAUCCCUCCCAUUAAAAUCGCUUGAUGCUAAUCCAAAUAUAUUUACCUUUGUGCUGGCAUUGUUAGUAUACUAUGACCUUAACCCCUAACUUUUUCCUCACUUCAUAUAUGAUAGUUUUUCAAACCAGACUUUGUAAGGAUAGACUUUUAAAUUGCAGAGGAGUUUCUAUUUUAAGACAUACACAUGUACAUUAUAUAUAUAUAUAUAUAUAUAUAUAUAUAUGUAGUUGAAUUUUGCUGAAUUUAUUUGAGUUCAUCAAACAAUGAUAAUCAUAAGUCCUAAUAGGAUGAUGGUGAAUCAUUUCUGUAUAACAAAGGAUACCCAGAUGAAAUACAAAGAUUUACCUUUGAGACUAUUGACUAUAUACACUAAUCACUUUAAACUUAUUUUUUAACAACAACAAAAAGCCGUCUCAUGGCUUGUUCAAAUUAAACUUUUCAAAGUAACUGCCUGUUUCAUUGACAUCAACUUUUUUUGAAAUUAAAAAAAAAUCAGUUUCAUAUGGGUCGAUGCAAACAUUUACUUAGUGUAGUUAACAUUACCAUGAUGUUUCAAAGUCAAACUUUAAUUCUCUGCUUCAGUUUAUUCAAGAUAUGUAUGUAUAUGUAAUAUACAUUUAUAUAUGAAUAACUGAUUAAAAUUUUAAAAUACACAAAUGAACUAAUAGAUUGGACUUUAUGAUCAAAUGAGAACAAAAAAACAGUUUUCUUGAUUAAUUGAAAAAUGUGGGGAGUAGUUCUGCUUUCAAAAAUUGUGCAUGUAGGAUUCUCGAUACCUAUUAAAUAUACUGACAACGCAUAUUGAAUUCAGAUGCUUUUUGAUCCUCCUGCAGUGUGGUUCAGGAGAAAGAUCACUGGAUUGGCUAAAGGUUCCAGUUAAAAACAUUGUUACUAAUAAAUACCUUUCAUUUCUGUCACACUUUAGUUACAUUACCUCAUUUGUAUCUUUUAUAAACCUUUGAGAUAUGUAGUAUAUUAUUAUUAUUCUCUAUAUAUAUCUGAGGAAAUGAGAUUUAGAGAUAUUGACUCACACAUCACUUGGCUAGUAAUAUUAGAGGAAAGAUCCAAAAUCAAGUUUUUUUGGUUUUGAGUUCAUUACUCUAUCUAAUAUCCCACAAUACAUCUCCACAUCUCUCCUCUGGAUGACCUUGUAAAAAAUCACUUAUCAUCUCUGGUUCAAAAUGACGAAAAUUUCUAAAGUCCCAUGCAGUUCAAAAUUUAUAUUUCUUAGAUAUUGUGUUGAUAUUUAUGCCUUCUUGAGCUCAGGCAAAAAAGCCUUGCUAUCAGGGAGAUUACCAGGCAUUUCAUGAAAGAAUUAGUGACAGAUUGAGAAUUUUCUCAAAAUGUAGUCAGAAAAAAAGGUGAAGUUUAGAUUGGAAACCAUGAAAAAUGGAGAGCUUUGGAGAGAAAUAUGAACAAGCUAUCUGAAAUAUUUUAUCUAAUAUAUCUAUUUGUAGCAAUGUUUAAAAGUAGGAAGAGGGGAAUCUACCAUUUUCUAAACCACAAUGAAAAAAUUUCUUCUUGUUAAAGAAAACUCACCCUCACCUAUUAUCUUUAAGGGCUGCUACUCUACAUUGAGUUCAAUAUAUACAUGAAAAAUUGGUAUGUUAGAAGUCCAGACCAAACCAGGCAAGGCAGAUACCUUCUGAUUAUUUUAGCCUCUCUGAAUUCCCAUAGAGUCCACUAAGUUGAUUAGUUCCAAGAACUAGAAUAUGAUUUUCAAUUUGGCAAGUAUGAAGAAAUGUUUCCAAAAUAUGAAGGAAUCAGACUUUGUGUUUAUACACAUUGGAUAAUAUGAUGACUUAAAAAUUAUGAAGGAAAUACAUUUAAAUGUUCAGAAAUAGGAACUGAGUCAUUGCCACAGAAAAUGUUUGUCAGUGGAUCCAUUGUUUUCUGUCAGUUGCAGCUUUAGUUGUUUUUUUUUUUCUGAAAACAAAAUGUAUAGCCUAUAUUGAGAGCAAUAGGAGUUGUUUCUUUUUACAAAGUUAAUGAUUCCUUUAAUUCCUAAUUGUCUCAGCUUCAUAGCAAUAACCUAAUGAACUAAAGUGGGUUUUGUUUGGGGCAUAUGUAAUGGGUGGCUUGAAGAGGGAACGUUCUCCUUCUAAUUCCCACCCCACCCAUAUGUUUGGUUAAAUCCUAGUUUUAAAAAGUUUAGCCAUAGCCAGUCUCUAAUUUGGCUGUUAUUGAGAAUACAAAGAAAUGAAUUUAACUCUGGGUCCUGUACAGUUUUGUUGUUUUUCAUCAGCCAUUUGUCUUUUUGUCAAUCAAGAUGUGUUAUUGAUAUAAUAGUUGAAACAUAGAGACAAGAGUUCAAAAUGAUGGCCACAUGUACAGGGCCAUAUAUACAAAAGAUUCCUCCAAAGAGACUCAGACUAACAAGUUUUCAAUAUAAUUCAUUCAAUUCAGCUAAUCUUUAUCCUCUGCUUCAAUAAUCUUCCUUUCAGCAAGCAUAGUACUAAAAUUACAAAUAGAGCAGGAAAGCACACAAUUCUGGGUGAAAUUGUGCAAAGUGUAUUUUCAGCAUGUACAUAUAAUACUGGGCCUCUUAAAUAUGCUUAUCUUAAAAGAGUGCACGCUACAGCAUGAAUUGUGUGCAUAAUUACUGUAUCUUACUGGAAUAUGCUGUAUGCAUACCAUUCCUACCCUACACAUAAAGUAAUAAAAAUGUACAAUAGAUAUACAUAUUACUGUAUGCAUAUGAAUAUAAUGUGUACACACAAUUUUAAUAUGUAAUAUGGUCCAUAUUGCAUAAAGAGAUGUGUUGAUCUGCUUUUUAAGUAGCUGGAAUAGAUUUUAAUGUAUCCAUUAUAAAAAAGAAAUAGUAUUUGUUUUUAAAGAAAGACAGUUCAUUGAAUAAGGCCAAAAUUCUACAAAUAUUAAAAUUGUUUUAUAAUCUGAGAUAGCAUGAUAUUGAUUUUAAAUAUCUCUUAGAAAAAAAUAAUAAAUCUUUACUGAUCUAGACAAAUAUAAUAGUGUUUUGUGCUUUUAUGUCUUUCCCACCAUAAUGAUCACCAAUGUGAAUAUUACUGUUUACCAUCUACUUCAUUACUUGAUCUCACAUUUGAUUAUACAAUGAGGAAAUAAAACAAAACACUGAAAAAACAUUUUAGCUCUUUUCCAAAUAAAUGAUGAUUGGGGAAGCAAUGUGUUUAUCCCAAGUGAAAAAUGAUCCAGUAGCAAAUGGAAAGUUGUUUUCUUUUUUUCAGAAGUUCCCUACACAUUUACACACACACUUAAAAAAUAGAGCAACAAAUAUCAGAGGUAUAAGGCAAAAGAAUUCAAUAAACCUACUUCUCCAAACUGGGCUAAAUGGAGUGAGGGAGGCAUUGGUGUCAGGUCUAAGUCUGGAAUGCAUUUGGCAUUAGAGUUGACCCUUUGUGAAAUUAUGAUAUAGGAGAUGUUAUUCUUGGUAUUCUCCAACCUUUCCUUCAGUAUUUGUCUCCUAUGUCUCCCACUGAUCCAAACCCACUUUCCUUGAAUCGUUGUCACUAAACUUUUUGCUUAUCUAGGGUACAACAAAUUCUUGCUGAGGUAUUGGCCAAUAUAAAGCUUAAAAUGUUCCUCACCUAAGGGCUACUUGUGUUUUAAUGGGAAAAAAAACAUAAAAACCAAAAUACUAUCAAGACUCAAAGGAUUUGAUUUCUAAUGGCAGAAAUUAGUCCCAGGAAUGGCAGUGGGAGGGAAAAAAAGCUCAACUGAUACUGCACAAGAUACAUGUCAAAAUCAUCUGGAAUAUUCUGUAGCAUUGAAAAAUUAAGUUGACAAUCAACAUGAUAAAAUGUCCAAGUCAAAUUAUCACCAGUUAGUUGGUUUGAUAGUGAAUGAUAGACUAAUAAUGGGGAGAAAAGAGAGGAUAUGAUCUGCUCUUCCAUUCUUCUAUUCCCAUAAUUGUUUAUGGGACUCCAAUAGUUUAAAAAUAGGAAGAAAGAAAGAAGGGAAGAAAGAAAGAAAAGAAGGAAAAAAGAGAGAGAGAAGGAGGGAGGAAAGGAAGGAAGAAGGAAGGAAAGAAGG